GUGAAUUUCAACGAGCCGCUGUCGAUGCUGCAGCGUAUCAUGGAGGAGUUUGAGUACUCGGAGAUCCUGGACCAGGCGGCCCGGUGCUCAGACUCAUGCGAGCAGAUGGCCUGGGUGGCCGCCUUCACUGUGUCGGCCUACGCCACCACGCUGUUCCGCGCCAGCAAGCCCUUCAACCCCAUGCUGGGCGAGACCUUUGAGUUUGACCGGAUGGACGACCUUGGAUGGAAGGGUAUUUCCGAGCAGGUGUCCCACCACCCUCCCAUGCUGGCAAUGCACGUGGACGGCAGGGAGUGGAGCACAUGGCAGGAGUUCACCAUGACCACCAAGUUCCGCGGACGCUACCUGCAGAUUGUGCCUAUGGGCAUCGCCCACUUGGUGUUCCACAAGUCUGGCAAUCACUACACGUGGCGUAAGGUGACCACCACGGUGAACAACAUCAUCGUGGGCAAGCUGUGGGUGGACAACCACGGGGAGAUGGACAUCACCAACCACCACAACGGGGACAAGUGUCACCUCAAGUACUCCGCCUACAGCUACUUCUCCAGGGAGAACCCUCGCAAGGUAACUGGUGUGGUCACUGACGUGUCAGGCAGUGCCAAGUGGGUCCUGACGGGCACCUGGGACAACAAGAUGGAGGGAGCCCAGAUCAUCCAUGUGGAGGAGUCCAACAAGGGCAAGCCUGUGUUUGAGACGGGCCCACACAAGACCAUGUGGAAAGUCCGGCCUCCGCCGCCCGGUGCGGAGAGGGUAUACUUCUUCAGCCAGCUGGCCACGGAGAUGAACGAGCCGGAGGAGGGCGUGGCACCGACCGACUCACGACUACGGCCAGACCAGCGGAUGAUGGAAGAUGGCCGCUGGGAUGAGGCGAACCGCAUGAAACUGAGGCUGGAGGAGAAACAGAGGGAGGUGCGGAAACAGCGAGAAGGAGAGGCAGAGCGUGCAAAGGCGGAAGGUCGGGAAAAUGAACCCUACAAGCCCACCUGGUUCCGCAAGGAGCGUGACCCGACCACCGGCGCCCUCAUCCACAUUUUCAACAAGCAGUACUGGGAGUGCAAGCAGAGGCAAGACUGGCAGCGAUGCCCGGACAUCUUCUUGUGAUCUCACGCCCCACCCCAAGCCCUCAACCCCGCCCACCCAGACCCCUGCCCCCCCAACUCCAACCCUGACCCCUGCACUUGACCCCCGACCCACCCACCUUUUGACUGCACAUUCUCUUGUUGAAGUCAGGAACCCACCCACACACCCACCCCUGCACCACCUUCCAUCAUCACAGCAGCCAUUGGGAGUUGUCUGUAUAUGCAAGCCCGCAGAAAGAGAGGGACUUGCUGUAUUUGAGGUCAGCACUUUGUGACCGACGCAUUGGGACUGUGGUUGAGCCUUAUUGGCUGAGAGAGACUCUUUCCUCCCUUUAGACAGACAUGUGAAAACAACUCUUCUUAUUUAUUGGAUAUAGUGUUAUUCUGAGAGCGAAGUGCUUGGUUUGCUGGAAAAAAAUGAAAUCAGAAUCGUGCAUAUCGAAAUAUGGGAUUCGCACGAAGGACGAGUAGUGCUGUAGCGAGAUGGGUAAGCAGUUGUGGAACAGAACUGGCGCACAGCGACGGACAUGUUGGACGAUGCUUAUGUGCAGUCUUUUCUCCGAUUUGCUGAUUUGUCGAGGUGGUGUGAAGAAAGAGUCUAUCUCUUUCUGAUGACCUGAGCUGAGCUACUCUGAGUAGGUCAUGUUGUUCUGCAUAUUUUUGCUGUCCCUCCACCCCUCCUCCCCCUCCUCCCCCCAUUGUGCGGUUUUGAUUGGAUAUGGCUGUUUCAGCCUAACAUGAUAAGGGUGUGGUCAUUGUUCCCCGUGAUUCAAAUAAUGUGUUUCUUGUGAUAGGUCUCUCCUGUGAGUUCUAAUUUAAUCAGUUUUACCUGCGUCGUCGAGGGAAUAGAGAGGAAACCUGUGGAUGGUCAGGGCGUUUGGAGGCAGUGCUUAGACUAAGAGUGCUUGUUUUGUCUGGCGUGAAUAGUGAGUGUGGGUGUACUUGCCAGACUAGGUGUAGCCUGGUCUGUAGCCUGGUCAUGAAUGAGAAGAAGAAGAAGAAGAAGAAGAAGAAGAAGAAGAAGAAGAAGAAGAAGAAGAAGAA